AUGGCCUCUGAGGAGCACCACGAGACGUUCGAGAGCACCGACGCCGGUGCGUCUCUGACUUACCCCCAGCAGGCGGGCACCAUCCGCAAGAACGGGUUCAUGGUCGCCAAGGGCAGGCCCUGCAAGGUGGUGGACGUGUCGACCUCCAAGACCGGCAAGCACGGCCACGCCAAGUGCAACUUUGUGUGCAUCGACAUCUUCACGGGCAAGAAGUACGAGGAGAUGACCCCCUCGUCCCACAACAUGGAUGCUCAUGGGAUGUGA